AUGAGCGCCUCAAAAGCUAGCCAGCCUACUGAGUCCACGCAACCAUCAUCUGCAGCAUCAAAUGAAACUCAAGCUGCUGCAGCCCAACCAGACGCCCCAGUCGAAGCAUCGUCAGCACCCACCGCCGCCGAGGAGGCUCCAAUCGAAGCGCAAGGGUCCUCCGAUGAAGUAUCAAGCGAGACCGACUCGGCAUUAGGAAGUGAGUAUGACGAGUCUACCUACACAGCAUCACUAAGCUCCAGCAUCACGGCCUAUCAGUAUGAGCACGGCCGCAGAUACCAUGCCAACCACGCCGUCAACUACGACCUGCCCAAUGACGAGAAUGAACAGGAGCGCAUGGACCUGCAAUAUCAUGCCUUACGCCUAGCCUUCGGUGACAAGCUCUUCUUUGCUCCGAUAGAUGAUAGUCCCGCUACAAUCCUCGACAUUGGUACCGGCACAGGCAUCUGGGUCAUUGAUAUAGCGGAGGCCUUGCCCGACACUCAGAUAAUUGGGACUGACCUUUCUCCAAUCCAACCUGGUUGGGUUCCGCCCAACGCGAAGUUCGAGGUUGACAAUGCUGAGCUACCGUGGACAUUUCCAGCCGAUCAUUUCGAUCUUGUGCACACACGCAUUAUGAAUGCAUUCGUGCAGGAUUGGAAUCGCCUCAUGGAACAGAGCUAUCGUCACCUCAAGCCUGGUGGCUGGGUCGAAUGCCAUGAGCUGAGCGUGGAUGUAAGGAGCGAUGAUGGGACCUUACCAGAAGACAGUCACAUCCAUCAGUGGUGCCUUAAUGAGGGGGAAGCAUGGAGGAAGAUAGGCUUGAGCGUGACACUGAGUGGAGAAGAAGUAGCGGACUGGAUGGAAAAGGCUGGUUUCGUGAACGUGACAAUCAAGCGAUUCAAGCUACCAAUUGGCACUUGGCCGAAAGACAAACAGUUGAGAGAGACGGGGGCUUUUCAGCUUGUUGCAAUGUUGGAAGGCAUCCAAGGAUUGACGAUUGCUCCCUGGGUGAGGCAUCUGGGAUGGAAUGAGCAGGAGGUUGAAGUAUUCGUUGCGAAAGUUCGCAAUGAGUGGAAGAGCGGAAAAUUCCAUACAUACUUCCCUCUGUACGCUGUCUACGGGCAGAAGCCACGAGCUUGA